AUGGGGUGUCGUGGAGAACGCGUCAGCGGUUCGUGCGGCUGUAAGCGAGGGGCAAUUUCGUCGAUUGAAUAUUUGGCUCGUGGAGCAGUUUUGCGAGGCGUUCCUAAGGCUGAUGCUGAGUUGAUAUGCCAUCAGCAGAGCGCGCAAGAUAUGUGGAUUGCCUUUGUGGAUAAGCAGACCAAACCCGAGUAUGCAAAUUAUAUCUUCGCUCGACAGCGGUUGAUUGCGAACGCGUACACGACAGAGAGGAACAUGAAUGACUGGCUUCAUGAGAGGCAGCUCUAUCGUAAUGAGCUACUGCACUAUCGAAGCGGGGUUUCUGACGAGGAAUUCGCCGAGAUUCUCCUUGGUAAUGUUGCGCAGACACAUCGCGACGUCGUUCGACAAUUCUCCAAACACUUUGACUCUGGUUACCAGCGAUCGACUCCGUCGUCCGCUCAAGUGAUGAACGCAUUGGGAGCAGAUUCGGAGCUCGACGCCAGGAUGGAUGAUCCACAGCAAGGUCUGGAUAUCUCUUACGCGCUGGCUGGGAAGAAGCAAGGUCAGCAGCAAGAUCAGCAGCCGUAA